CUCCAUCCCUCUUUCUCUUUCUCUUAUCACAGUCAGCCUCGGCCCUGUUAGAGUAUCCUGCAGCUUUGGCGUGUACGUUGCAGAAAGAACCGAGGACGGGGCAGCCACGGAUAACAUCUACGAUCCUAACAGCGUGUGGGGUAAUUAAAGUGAGGAACUAGCACAGUGUGCCAUGAUGUUGAGGCUGAUUUUUCUAGUGGCUCUCGCCGGGUUCUCCCGGGCCAGUGAUGUCCUGGAGUACACGGAUGACGAUUUCGAAACCAGGAUUGGAAGCCACGAUCUUAUCCUGGUCGAGUUUUUUGCACCUUGGUGUGGCCAUUGUAAACGGCUUGCACCUGAGUACGAGGCAGCAGCCACACGUCUGAAAGGCAUCGUCCCACUUGCCAAGGUUGACUGCACAGCCAACAGCAAUGUGUGCAGCAAAUAUGGUGUGAGUGGAUACCCGACCCUGAAGAUCUUUAGGGAUGGAGAGGAGUCUGGUCCUUAUGACGGUCCCAGAUCUGCAGACGGCAUUGUUAGUUUUCUAAAGAAGCAAGCUGGCCCGGCUUCGGUAGAGCUCAAGACCGAGGCAGACUUUGAGAAGUUUAUUGCCGAUAAAGAUGCAAGUGUCAUUGGGUUCUUUGCCGAUGAUAGAAGCACAGCUCAGGCAGAGUUCCAGAAGGCAGCCAGCAACCUGAGGGAUAAUUAUCGCUUUGCCCACACCAACUCUGAAGACCUCCUCAAGAGCAACAACAUCGAUGAAGAGGGCGUCAUCCUGUUCCGUCCACAACGCCUCAACAACAAGUUUGAAGACAGCUCUGUGAAAUUCAGCGAAGACAAAUUCACCAGCAAUAAAAUCAAGAGAUUCAUCCAGGACAACAUUUUUGGAAUCUGUCCUCACAUGACAGACGACAACAAAGACCAGCUGAGAGGCAAAGACCUGCUGGUGGCUUAUUACGAUGUGGACUACGACAAGAACCCCAAAGGCUCCAACUACUGGAGGAACAGGGUGAUGAAGGUCGCAAAAAGCUUCCUGGAUCAGGGCAAGAAGCUGAACUUUGCUGUCGCCAACAAGAACCAGUUCAACCACGAAGUGUCCGAGUUCGGCCUGGAGGCCAGCUCAGAGCUGCCUGUGGUGGCCAUCCGCACCGCCAAGGGAGACAAAUACGUCAUGAGCGAGGAGUUCUCCCGAGAUGGAAAAGCCCUGGAGCGUUUUCUGCAGGAUUACUUUGAUGGAAAACUGAAGCGCUACCUCAAAUCUGAACCAAUCCCAGAGAACAAUGAUGGACCUGUGAAGGUUGUUGUGGCCGAGAACUUUGACGCCAUCGUCAACGAUGACAGCAAAGACGUUCUGAUUGAGUUUUAUGCACCGUGGUGCGGACACUGCAAGAACCUGGAGCCGAAGUACAAUGAGCUGGGAGAGAAGGUACGCACGAUAGGUUUACCUGCAAAAGCUUCAUUUUUACACAGACUUCAGAAAAGCAGGAAGUGAGAUAUUUGUUCUAAAUGUUUGAAGAUGUU